UGACAAGUUUGGCAACCUUCUCCGUGAGACUGGCUGGCAAAUCCCCCUCACUGUCUAUGGCUCCACUGCUCUGAACUUGAAUGUCUGCAGCAGUGUGGUUGGCAAAACGCGUGGAGAGAGAAACACUGAAAUCUGAAGAACCUAUGGCUUUGGAUGUUCUCGCUCGACCAUUCUCUUACAACCUGUCUUUCCGAUGUGUCAGGGAAUUCCUUCCAGCCUCGCAUUUGCUUCAACCUUUCAGCGGCAGACGCGUCGGUACGUGGUCCCCCAUCUAAAUUCACACACCGUGUGUCCCUCACCGUGACAUUAGGUAGUCUCUACCGUGCGCCCUGUCUAGUAACCUAAUACUGUGAUAUUAUUUUGCCCGUUCAAAGCCGCCGUUGUCGCAGUUUAGUCGUGGCGGGUGGCUCGGACAAUACUCAGCAGGUUGGCGAGUCUGUCUGCCGCACGGCCAUCCUGGCAGCCAUUAUUUCGGCAGUGUUCCCGCGUGCGUAGGAGUAAAUUCGAAGAUAAACCAGAUCCCGUACCUCACGUGCAGCUGGUGUCAGGUCAAACUUGUUAUUCUCAAGAGAUGACGCUGCGAUCUUCUAGAGGGACUAGAGGGACAAGCAGAGCGACUAAAGCGACUACCCGUAGAAGCAGAAGCACAUUUCCAACCUCCCAUGCAGCCGCUGCUGUCAGAUCCGCCUCACGCGGCUGAGAAACCCCGCGCCGCGUCAGAUCAUGCCGCCGCAGCGGCCGCUCCAUACUGCGCAUCUGGCGGCGGGGCGUGCGGCGUUCGUCGUAGUGCAAUACUAGAACCCUCCGCUCUAGAGCAUCCCUUCGUUCUCCCAAGGACAGUGGCGCCUUCUCCAGGGGCCGCGUUCGGCGGCCGCCUCACCGCCGCUGCCGGACUGCCAGCCGCUGAGGCCGCCUCAGCCAAAGCAACGACGAGCCCUACAUUGCCCAGAGAACGCCCCGUGGCAGCUUGUACUAGUGGUAACAAGUUCGCUGUUCCUCGCAGGAACGUUAGCAGUAGUAGUACUCCUAGUAGGAGCAGUAGUAGCAGUAAUUCUACCCUACAGUGGGCCCCUGUAACGUUUACAUUGGCAAUGACGCCGCAUGCUAGUUCAAAUAGUAGUCAUAGAAUGACCGCGAUCGGCGCCACGACCCCCGCCGCCCCCACAAUGUUGACUCCGGUGCGGAGCGGCACCCUGCCAGCGGGAGCGCCGGCGGUUUCCGCCAGUCCCCCGCCGGCGGCGGCGGCGGCGGCGGCGCUCCGGCGGCGCAUUCCGCAGGGGGCGCUCCCCGACGACGGGUACUGCUGGCUGAAAUACGGGGAGAAGCGGCUGGCGCGCAGCGGAAACUCAAAGAUUAGGUCAUACUUCAAGUGCGCCAGCUCAAUGCCCCGGACGACCCCAGAGGAAAGCCCCGUAUCAGCAGCGGCAACAGGCACGGCAGCGGCAGGAGCAGCGGGAGCAGGAGCAGCAGCAGCAGGAGAGGCAGCAGCAGCGGCGGCAUCUGAAUCAGGUACAUCUGAUCCGGGUACACCUGCGUCAAGCACACCAGCGUCAGGUACACCUGGGUCAGGUAGAUCCGCAGUCAUGGAUGCAGCGGGCCAAGAACCACCCGCGAUCCCACCGCCUGAAGUCUCUACUGGCGUAAGCAGCACUCCAAGCAGCGGCAGCGGCGGCAAGUCACGCCCCAUCACUCUCAGCAGCGGCGCCGCGCGGGGACGGGGGAGCGGCGGAAACAGUCAGGUCGGCGGGGGCGGUACCGGCGGAGAAAACAGCGGGAGCGGUGGCAUCAGUGUCGGCGGCGGUGGUGGUGGCGAUGGGGGCGGUGCGGACAGCGGAGGUGGCAGGGUCAGCAUCGGCGCGUGCCAUUUCGAGCCGUGCCCAGCGAAAAAGCAGGUGGACUGGCAAUUCAACCUUGAAGGCGGUGGCAGCUCGGGCCCAGUCUCGUUUAAAGUGACGUAUCUUCACGAGCACAAUCACCCCAUGUCCGCCGCCUCCCCCGUAGCCCCCUCUCCUAUGUCCCCUUCUCCACUGUCCACCUCCCCCUCUCCUAUGUCCUCCUCAGGGCUCCGAGCCCCACCUGAGAAUUCGCCUGGCGUGGAGAAUUCGCCCCGGAAUGGAAACCUUUUCGGGCAGGGGAAUGCGGGGGAACCAGGAGUCGGGGGCAUAGCGGCAUUUGGUGGGCCGGGUGGGGUGGCAGUGUUGGGCGGCACGGGUGGGGUGGCAGCGCUUGCCAGCCCGGUAGGGGCGGCAGCAUUCGGCGGAGGGGGGACAUCAGGAGCAGCAAUGACUCCUGAGGCGGCAGCAUCGACUGGGGCAGCGAUUAUACCAGGAGCAGCAACAGCAGCAACAGUCACAACAGGAGCAGGGGCUGGAGGGUCCGGGUCGACUGGCUUCGGGCAGAGAGAGAGAGGAGACGGAGCGAAUGCAGGUAUGAUGGAGGCGGGAGGACGGAUGGGGUUGGUUAAAUUGGAGGAAGGGCAGUGGAGUGGAGGCGAGUCACAAUGGCAAGUGCAACAGGGAUCACAUCAGCAGCAGCAGCAGCAGCAGAAGCAGCAGCAGCAGCCAGUGCAAACGCAUCUACCAUACCAGCAGCAACCGCAGUGGCAGCAACACCCACAAGCACCACACGUGCAGCAGCAGCAACAGCAGCAGCCGUGGCAGCAGCAACCACAAGCACCAGGCAUAAAUCAGCAGCAGCAGCACACUCAGCAGUUUACUCAACAGCUUCCAACGCUCACACAGCCACAGCAACAGCCACAGCUGCAGCAGCCACUGCCACAGCAACAGCCACAGCUGCAGCAGCCACUGCCACAGCAACAGCCACAGCUGCAGCAGCCACUGCCACAGCAACAGCCACAGCUGCAGCAGCCACUGCCACAGCUACAGCCACAGCUGCCACCGGUGCAGCAACAACAGGAUAACGUGCUAUCCCCCCCUUUUGCAAGCCAGGCCCCAUCUUUUGGGGGGCAUCAGCAGGAACAGCUGUUUGAGCAGAAUCAACCUCAGGAUUAUUCUCAGGUGUUCUCGCAGCAAGGUGCGCAGCAGGGCCACAGCGAGCAACAGCAGGUGAACCAACACCACCACCACCGGACUCAGGAUCAAUGUGCGACGUCGUUCUUAACGCAGGGGACGUUCCAGGAAACUCAUACGUGGCAACAGCAGCCACAGCAGCAAAUACAACCGCAGCGGCAACCGCAGCAGCAGCAACUACAGCAGCAACCGCAGCUCGAGCAUGCAACCCUAAACCCUGUGUACCAGUCAUAUUCAGAAAUGAACAUGAAUCAAGAGCCAUGGCAGCAGCAACAACAGCAACAGCAGCAGCAGCAGCACCAACAGCCCUGGCAGCAGCAGCAGCAGCAGCAGCAGCAGCAGCAGCAGCAGCAGUGGCAGCAACAACCACAAGCACCUCAUAUGCCGCAGCCGCCGCCGCCGCCGCAGCAGCAGCUCAAGUUUGAGUACCAACAGCAGGAGCAUCAGUUUCAGCAGCAACAGCAAGAGGAGAACCAACGGGAGGCGAAGCGUCCAUCCAUCGAGGCAACCAGAUUCCCUCCCUUGCGCCUCCCAACCUUCCAAACCUUCCAAACCUUCCCAGCCUUGCCAAGCCUCCCAAGCCUCCCAACACUGCCUCACAUACGCCCUAUCAGCCUGGCACAGCUACCUCUCCAGCCUCUUCACAAGUCACUUAAUAGCCCUACACAAUGCUCCGUUGACUCCACUCACCUGUCACCCCUGCGGCCCCUGAUUUUGCCCCUCGUACGGCCCACCACCCCUGUACAGUGCAUCAUCCAGUCCCCACCUGCAGCUGCCUCUGGGUCGCACUCGUGGCCUGCUCCAGAUGCACCCUCCCCAGAUGCGCCCUCCCUGAGAAAAUAUGCGCUAGGGAGAAGCCGUUCCACUGUCGAGGUGCCACAGCAGUCGUGGCCUGCCCCAGAUGCGCCCUCCCUGCGGCGGCACGCGCUAGAACGGAGCCCUUCCACCCAAACCUCGGGCGCGUUUGCUCCGAGCCAGAGUAGGCUCUCCUUUGAAGCGAGUCCGCCUGAGAGGGGGGGUGUGAAUGCAGGUCGAGUGCACAAUGGGAUGGUGCAGGGAGGCCCAGGUAGGGAUGGAAUGGUCGGGAUGGAAGGAGAGGGAAAGGCGCAACAGUUAUCCGCAUGGGACGAGCAGCAGCAGCAGCAGCAGCAGCAGCCCCAGCAAAUGCAGGUGCAGUACCAGCUUCACCACACGCACCAGCAGGGCCAGCAGCACCUGAUUGUUGCUCCAAGCAGCUACAUUCAAAACCAUCAUCAGGGAAACGAUCACGGGACCCUCCACCCGCAACAGCAACAACAGCACGAGCAGUAUAACCAACAGCAGCACCAACAGCAGCACCAUCAGGACCAGCACCAACACCAGCACCAGCACCAACAGCAGCACCAGCACCAACAUCAGCACCAGCACCAACACCAGCACCAGCAGCAACACCAGCACCACCAACAGUAUCAAGAGCACCAUCAGCAGCACCAGCAGCAGCACCAGCACCACCAACAGUACCAAGAGCAUCACCAUCACCACCAACCGCACCAGCAACAGCAUCAGCAUCAGCAUCAGGACAACACCAGCAGCGCUCCCUUGCACACCUCUUGCACAUGCCACCUUCAGCACGGCAACCACCACCACCACCACCACCACACGUCCCCAGGCGCUUUACCCCCCAACCAAAGCCCAUCAGACACUCUGUCUGCUCACUCACCUGCUCCCAGCAGCAUAUCACCUGAUGGCAUGCCAAUGAUGCCUGCAGGCCAAGACACGCAGAUGGGCGACGGGGCUGGGGAUGCAGAUCAUCAGGUCAUGCCUCAUCCGGGCAUGCCUCAUCCGGGCAUGCCUCAUCCGGGCAUGUCUCAUCAGGGCAUGCCACAUCAGGAGCAGCAGGUGACAAUCACUGGCGCCUGCCAUCAUCAAGGCCAGCAAUGGUCUUCAGGCCAACAGCAGCAGCCACAGCAGCAGCAGCAGCACGGUUUUGGUGAGAGAAGCCAACAGCAGCAGAGCAUGGCAGAGCCCUUCCACUCGCAAUCCGAAUCACAGCCCUUUCAGUCUGGUCCGCAGACCUCGCAGUUUGUAAUACAGCCAUCGCAGCACAUUCCCCAGCCUAUUCCCCAGCCCAUGCAUGGCAGCUCACCAGCUCCCGACCAGUCACAUCAAGCACCAUCAGGCUCCUUCCCAUAUUAUCACGUACCAUCAGGUGAUGUGGCUUCAGGACGCAUGCCAUCAGGAGGCCUCUCUUCAAAUGCCACGCAAUGUCCGUCAAAUUUCCCCUCAGGGUUCAUGCCAUCAGAUGUGAUGCCAUCAGGUGCUUCAGAGGCAAUGCUGUGCACAUCAGGCAACAGCCCAGCAAGCUAUUCACAGGGGCAUGCAGUGGAGGGGCCCCAAUCAGCCACGCAGCAGGAAUUCGGUCAGCUAGGACAGCUGGGACAGCUGGGACAGCGUCAGCAUGAGUAUCAUGAUCAGCAGCAGCCUCCCGGGUAUCAGCACGGACCAUUCCAAUCACAGCAGCAGCAGCAGCAGCAGCAAGAUCCGUUGGCAGAUGCACAGCAGCACCCUGCUCUUGAGGAGACUUGGACCAUACAAGGAGAGCAGCGUCUAACACCUAAUCCAUUCCCUAGAAGUCACUCACCUUCCUUGGACACCCACCAGCAACUCCUGGACCCUCAGCAGCAUGUGCCUGAAAGUCAGAGCCAUUCCGUGGAAGUCAAGCCGCUAGGCCAGCUAGGCCAGCUAGGCCAGCUAGGUCAGGGCCAACUUGCGGAUGGGAUUCCAGCAUCAAUGGUUCAAAUUCAAGGAUCUACGGAUGGGAUUCCAGCAUGUAUGGAUCAGAUUCAAGGAUCUACGGAUGGGAUUCAAGCGUCUAUUAUGGAUGGGAUUCCGACACCCGUCCUGACGUUCAAGCAGGAUAUGGAAGGCAUUUCGGACAGUCCCACGUUUUACCCCUCCUUUUCCUUGGGUGAUGGGGAAUCGCCAUCGCUCGUAGGAACCAACUCCCCGCUCUGCUUAGACUCUGUAACUGAACAGGCCCUUGACUAACGCAGCUCGUUGCUAGGUUUCGUAGUUUACCAUGAGUUGUCCUGCAUAUGCUAUGGGAGUAUGGACUCAUGACCUUAAUGCUGUCCGUGCCUUCUUAGAGGCUGGUCAGGAGUUAGUAAUUCCGCCACUUG